UUUUCAUUCAUUCGAGCAACACCAGCUCAGCUCCAAGUUCACCAGUCAAUAAGUAAAUCGAAUCGAAAUGGCAUUCAAGUUCGUCGCUGUACUUGCACUUCUGGCUGUCGCCAGCGCUGGUUUACUGCCCGCCGCUCAGGUGUACCAUGCAGCACCCGCCGCUCAAGUGUACCACGCGGCACCGGCCGCUCAUGUCAUCAAAGCCGCGCCAGUGGCGUACGCCGCACAGCCCGUGUUGGCCAAGGCCGAUGAAGAAUACGACCCACAUCCUCAGUACAAAUACAGCUAUGAUGUGCAAGACGCAGUAUCCGGUGACUCGAAGACCCAAGUGGAGGAACGUGAUGGGGAUGUGGUUCGCGGCGAAUACUCCCUCAUUGACGCUGACGGUUAUAAGCGCACUGUUCAAUACACUUCCGAUCCCGUGAACGGUUUCAACGCCGUCGUGAAUCGCGAACCAUUGGUGAAGUCCGUUGCUGUUGCUCCAGUUGUGAAAACAGUGGCCCCAGUUGCCCAUUACGCUGCUCCUGUUGCUCACUACUCAGCUCCUGCAGUGGUCAAAACGGUUGCUCCAGUUGCUCACUAUGCCGCCCCUGUCGCGCACGCCUAUGCGGCUCCCGCUUAUACCACCUACACUGCCGCCCACCACUAAAUGCUUGAUUUCGUAGGCUUCAGUUGAUUGACUGUUUUUGUAGUUUAAUUAAAAUUGUGAUUUUCAAAUAAAAAAUAUGUAAUAGUUAAAA